CGGCCACUUUGAUUUUGGUGUUUCACCCUUCACAAGAUGAAGAAGGCACUUUUUAAUGGGUGCUGCCAGGGAUUGACUGAGAAAUUCAUAAUAUCCAUGUUGUUUGGAGGUUUUCCACAGGGUCCUCUAGAGGGGGAAGGUGUGUUUGAGAGAAGUGGAAGAAGAGUAAUUGGCAUCCCACACAGGAUUCAUCAUGUCUGAGUCCAAUACACAGACCAACCUUUAUCCAACAACAGAUUAUGAGGAGUAUCCCCAGAUAGAUUAUACCACUUUACUGAUCAUUGACAGUAUCACUGUGUUCAUCUGCCUGUUGGGGCUUGUGGGGAAUGGAAUUGUCCUCUGGUUCCUUAGCUUCUGUAUCAAGAGGAAUCCCUUCACAACCUACAUCAUGAACUUGGCCAUUGCUGAUUUUGGCUAUCUUCUAUGUACAACUCUCUUCUUAUUUUUUGAAAAUAUGUAUAUCUUCCUGUUUAAUUUAAACAUCAUUCGUUUAAUUGAGUUAUUUAACAUGCUGGUUCUCUUCACGUACAGUAUCAGCCUGCAUCUCUUGACAGCCAUCAGUACUGAGAGGUGCCUAUCCAUUCAGUACCCCAUCUGGUAUCAAUGCCACUGUCCAAAGCACUUGUCUGCCAUUGUGUGUACCCUGCUUUGGACUCUUGCUUGUCUGAUGGCUGGGCUGGCAUCUCCCUUUUGCUUUCUGUACUCCUUUGAAACCUGCAUCAAGAUGCUCACACCCCUCUCUGCUACGAAUUUACUGGUUUUCUCCCCCAUCAUGGUCCUAUCCAGCAUCAUACUGUUCAUCAAGAUCCGACAUAGCUCUCAGCAACAGCAGCCAAGAAAGCUCUAUCUUGUUAUCAUGCUGACUGUCCUCUUCUUUGUCUUCUUUGCUGUUCCCCUCAGUACUGUGACCUUUUCCCAGAAUUACACUUAUGAUCCUUUUCUUAUUGAUUUCAGUUUCCUGUUAGCUUCUGGAAACAGCAGCAUCAACCCCUUUAUUUACUUCCUAGUUGGAAGCUACAGGAAGCGGAGGUUCAGGGGCUCUGUCAAGGUUUCAUUCAGGACAGUGUUUGAAGAGAAGGUGGAUCCAAGAGAUAACACAGAGACUGCCAGGGCAGACAGAAUGGUGACAGGUAUUUAAUAGGGCUGUGCAAAAUACCAUCAUUUUGUUUUGAUAUCUGUUUCACCGUUUUGAAGGGACAGUGUUUCAUUUUGUCAUUUCAUGUCAUUUCAAAGCACUGUCCCAUUUUGUUUCAUCAAAACCAUUUUGAUGGUUUUCGACGUUUAGCCCAUAGGCUAUAAUGAGGAAUCAUGAAAAUGCCUAAAACUUUGUCAUUUCUUGUCGGAUUUGGAGGAAAAUUGCAUGGAUGGUACCCCCUUCUGAGGGCAUGAAGCCUGCAACUUGUCAAGCAGAUAGGUGCAGAGAUUUCUGUGAAACUGCACCUCAAAUUGGUCAAACCAAAAGUCCUGACACUUGCCAGCAGCUGCAGCCUCCUCUCAUCUGGCAGGCAGAUCUCGGGGCUCACACCCCUGGGAGGGCUGCAGGGCUGUGCCAGAAUCCUCCCAGGGGUGCAGGCUGGAUGAAAGGAGGCUGCUGCUGCUGCCUGUGGCUGGCACUGGGCACAGCCUGUGCCCACCACUGAAGAAGAUUGCUGCUGCCUCCUGCGCCUCCUCUCAUCCAGCCCAAAUCCAAGGGCUCGCACCCCCAGGAGGAGUCUGAUACAGCCCAGAAGCCCUAUAAGGGGUGCAGGCCCCUGGAUCUGCUAUCUUCUCCAGUGUUGGACACAGCCUGUGCCCAGCACCGUCCCAGGUGGGACAAGCAGCCUGAGCCUCCUCUCAUUGGGGCACAGAUCCAGGGGCUCGCACCCCCAGGAGGGCUCCUGGGCUGUGCAGGACUCCUCCUGGGGGUGCAAUCCCCUAGAUCUGCACUGGAUGAUUGGAGGAUGAAGUUGCUUUCUGGUUGUGGAUCCCCCGCCCAGUGCUGGGGAUGUUUGCUGCUGUCACCAGUACCAGGCAGUCGCAGCAGCCUCCUGUCAUCCAGUGUGUGAAUCCGGGGGUUCGCACCCCCAGGAGGAGUCCAGCACAACCCCACAGCCCUCACAGGAGUGGAAGCUGCAUGCCCAAUGGAAGGAGGCUGCCGCUGCUGCUUGGGACCAGAGCUGAAGCCAAGUAAGACUGGCUUUGAAACUCAUAAUGUUUCAAAUCUUUUGAAACUUUUUGAGUGCUCUUGUUUUGCUUCAAAGCUGUCUCAAAGCCUUUUGUUUCAUUUCAAUUUCACUGUUUCAAGCUUGAAACGCAUUGAAACAUCUUCAAAAGAAACACCCAGCAAAAUUUUGCACAGCCCUAGUAUUUAAAUCCAUAUGGCCACCAGUCUGGGAGGUCCUACUUUAGGAACUAGUGAUUUUUUACAGCAUAGGAUCAAAGAAAUAAGAGAUACAGCUUUUCACACAGUGCACUGCUUCAUGGUCUGCCUAGUGUUAAAAGGCUCUCUCACAGAUUGGGUGCAACCCUGUUAUCUCCUGAAACAUAGGGAGAAAUACCACUGACUCAAAGAAAAACAGGCUCUGGCUCAUGAUAUUCACUUUCCCUUGUACAUCAACAAAUAGUAUCCUGCAAAUAUGCAGACAUUUCUCUUUAGAUGCUCAGUCUGAGGUGAAUUACCUAUACCCACUUGCUAUCUGCUUAGUGCCUGUGUUGUGGUCUUCUCUGAAAAUAUUUUUGAGAAUCAUUUAUCACUGCAUUCAAUAUGUUUUGCAUGUACUCUAGCAUAAUGUUGCAUGCUUCAUUUUCCCUGCUUUAAUAGUAUGCUGUUACAUACUAAAGAAAAAUGGGUCAAUCUUUUUGAGGAUGAAACUUGGGAGCAAAGUAGGGUAAAGAAUACAAUGGACCACCAUGUUUCAUGGCCCCAUCAACUGAUGGUAUUGUGUCAUCCCUGGUUCCCAAAGAGAAAUUACAGUCACAGGGUGAAAAACUGGCUUAAAAAACAGAGUCCGGGAUAUAUUAGAGAAGGGAAAAGGGAGAUGGAGAGCACAAAAGUGUUGGAGAAAGACAGCCUAGCCAUCUGGAUAACUGAAUCUUUUCCUGAGAUUUGGCCUAGGCAUCCAGAAACAUACGGACUCUUCCUGCUGUAAUGAAAAUUACCAAUAAAUAUUGCUCU